CCGUUGUUGGAAUAUGUCUAGGACUCGAUCCAAGACACCUGGUUGGGUCAGCGUCUAUGAGAGCAUGGCGAUGCUGGUGCAGUCCAUUUGGUAUCGCAACUCACCUUCACUUUCAUCCGCAGGCAGCUUCGCAAUCACUCCACUCUCUCUCUUCUGUCUGAGAUGCCUCAAACACUCCGAGACGUACAAUUUCCACGCUUCUUUCACUCACUCGAAUCGUACCAAGAACGCGAAAGAUUUCAAAUUUACAGCACCCAAUGACGAAAACACUUCAAUUCCAAGCUACCUAAUUGCUCAAACGACCGGAGAGGAACUUUCCGGCGAAUCAUACAACAAUUUGAUAAGUGGGUUCUGCAGAGCAGGGCAUAUCGACCAGGCAAUGACUGUUCUUGAAGAAAUGGAAGUUCUCGGCGUCCGACCCAAUUCGAUGUCUUACGCUCAUUUGAUUGAGGGCCUCGGGAGCAAUGGCAGGACUUUGGAGGCCGAUGUGUUGUUUCAGGAGAUGAUAUGUUCUGGGUUGAGGCCAAGAAUCAGGGUUUACAAUGUUAUGCUCAGAGGGUGUUUGAAGAAAGGCCUCUUAGAACUUGCAAUUAGAGUUUUGGCAGUAAUGGGCGAUUUUGUUGCGGAGAAAAAUGAAGAGACGUAUGAGAUUCUUCUUGAUUACUAUGUCAGUUCCGGGAGGUUGGAAGAUACUUGGUCAACGAUUAAUGAGAUGAAGCGCAAGCGGUUUCGGUUGAGCUCGUUUGUGUAUAGCAAAGUUAUUGGACUUUACAGGGACAAUGGGAUGUGGAAGAAGGCAAUGGACAUUGUGGGAGAGAUAAGGGAGAUGGGGAUGGUAUUGGAUAAACAGAUUUUCAACAGCAUUAUUGGUACGUUUGGGAAAUAUGGUGAAUUGGACGAAGCUUUGGAAGUAUUUGAUAAGAUGAAACAAGAAGGUGUGAAGCCUGAUAUAAUGACGUCUAAUUCAUUGAUACGGUGGCAUUGUAAGGCAGGGAAUAUAAGCAAGGCACUUGAGUUGUUUACAGAGAUGCAGGAGCAGGGGUUGUAUCCUGAUCCAAAGAUCUUUGUCACCGUUAUCAGCCGAUUGGGGGAGCAGGGGAAGUGGGAUGUGAUCCAGAAGACUUUUGAGAAUAUGAAACGCCGAGGGCAUAAGAAAAGUGGGAUAAUUUAUGCUGUUUUGGUUGAUAUUUAUGGGCAGUAUGGAAAAUUUCAGGAUGCUGAAGAGUGUAUAUUUGCCCUAAAAGCUGAAGGUCUUAUUCCUUCAGCUAGCAUGUUUUGUGUCUUAGCAAAUGCCUACGCUCAGCAGGGAUUAUGUCAUCAGACAGUUAAGGUACUCCAGCUUAUGGAAGCUGAGGGAAUCGAACCAAACGUCAUAAUGCUGAAUGUUCUGAUUAAUGCAUUCGGUGUUGCUGGUAGAUAUUUAGAGGCAUUAUCCAUUUAUCACCAUAUAAAAGAAAGUGGUUUUAGCCCUGAUGUGGUUACUUAUACUACACGUAUGAAGGCGUUUAUUCGGGCAAGGAAGUUUGAUAAGGUCCUGGAGAUAUACAAGGAAAUGGAACGUGCCGGAUGCACUCCAGAUAGAAAGGCUAGACAGAUGUUACAAGUUGCUUUAAUGGUCCUUUAACAGAGGUAUUGUGAGUAAUAGUGAAUGGAUUGGUUUGUGAUGCAAUGUGCUAGGGCAGUCUGGUAUGGACACGGCCUAUGAUCCUUUCAGCAGUCCAACUAGGGCCUUACGGGAUGAUGGUAGUGUAAACACUUGAAGCCAGAUGGGGUGUUGUUUUUUGCCACAUUAUACUGCACAACUGAUAAUCGCAACGGGCAGCAAGAGCACGUAUGUUGUAUAGAUAAUGAAACAUGCUUCAGGUUUAGCCGUUGGAAACGUGGACAACACCGGGGAUGUGCAACACGAAAGCACUCAGCUUCAGACUUGAGAGGACGAGUCGCUUUCAUGAGCUACCAACUUGGUUCCUGUGCGGCAUUGGUGUGGAAGAAUUGGGUUUUCAAAGUGCUGCGACUCAAACAGUAUUCCGUUCCGUACAUAGAAUGAAUUGGAAAAGUUGGCGUUUCAAAGUGCCAGUUUUCAGUCCUCCCGCGAUUUCAGCAAUGAGAUAUAUAACUUUGCCGACAUUAUAUUGUCCCCCCGAGUCCUGGCUAUUAUUAUCUCCACCACUCCCAUGUAAUAAUUGUUUGUUUCAAGUUUUAAAUACCUCUUGGUGGAAAGGGAUCCUCUCCGGAUCUCUUCCUCCUAAUCCACCUAAUCAGGUAAUCUAUACCGUUGAAAUUUGAUCCAACGGCUAAAGUUAUUAUAACUUUUAAAGUGGACCCCUAUUUGUCGCUGUUUGAUCAAAUUUCAAUGGCACGGAUUACCUAAUUUGGUGGAUUAGGAGGAAGGGAUCCGAAGAGGAUCCCUUUCCCCACGCACUUACAGCUCUUGUAAUAUAAUUUUAAUAUUUAGAAGUAGCUGACGUCUAUGUGCUGGCGCUUCUGGGAACCAUUUUGAAUGAUGUCGAGCUUGCAACCUCUGAGGACAGAAGACAGGUAACUACAUCUAUAUGCAUCUUAUGUCGGACUCGGCACCGCGACAAUUGAUUGAGGUGGUCCUAUUGUUUAUGCUUCAUGUCUACUAGAUAUAAAAUAGAGGACAGUGUCUUUCUAGGUACUUCUGAGAAGGUUACACUCGCUACAUUUUGUUAAAGCCACCAACUCAUCGCAAGGAUCCUUGUCACCUUCACCGGUGGACAACUAGGAUGUGAAGCAGAUAACUGUGCCUGAUGGAUAUCCAAAAGCCAGAGAUGGAGAGACUGCUAAGAAACAAACAGUUUUCAAUCUGUCCAAAAAGUUGGAACCAUGUGUUUGGUGGUUCCGUACGGUCACUCUGAAAUUUGGCAGUGCUCGGGUGGUAAUAUCUAAUGGAAAGAUUGUCUCGGGAUUCUUGAUUUUGCUCGUAUAUUAUGUUUUGAGGAGAAAACAAGCUACCUUAAAGAGAAAUGUAUUUGCUCGUCUCAGGAUUAUGCAGCGACAAGCUUUGACAAUGAAGAAAGCUCUGGUAGACUUGUGGCAGCUUGCAUUUUCGUACCAGGUGAAUCCUUUAGCUGCUGUUCAACCUCUCGAUGCUGCAACACAAGGAGGCCGGUGAUUCAGUUUUAUGCAUUCUCUCUUCAAGAUUCAUUCUUUACUUUAAAAACCAACCGUCAAUAGCAGAUUUCUGUUGUUUGAAAGUGCAAUUAGUAUGAACAAUUGAACUGCCAAAAGCAAUGAUAAAAAUCCGGGUUUCCUACUUAGAGAACCUGUAUCGGUUUCA